GAAACAAAAAUGAUAAGAAAAAGAAAGCCGUGGAUCCAUCUAGAAACAAAAACAAGAGAAAAGAAAAAAAAGUACCUACCCCAAAAAUGCAUCUUCUGAGUUCUUUAAUAAACUAACAGUAACACAAAUAAAUUGGCAUUAAAAUGGCAUUUGUUCUAAGGUCAGUAGCAACAACAGCAGUAACUGCUGCUAUUGCAACCUUAGCCUUUUCUUCAUCAUCUCACUCUCAACAAUCCCCAAAUCCUCCAAACACUGCCUUAUCUUCCAAUCCCAAAUCCAAUAUCCCGUUACGCCUCGUCAAAACAUUCGCUAUCUCUCCUUCGCCUCUCAUAAUGGACCAUAAUCUCUCUUCUCAGUCACAAACCGAUCAUGAUGUCUUGCCUGAGUUACUGACGGAGUAUAUGGUGGAUAUGAAAUGCGAUGGUUGUGUUAAUGCGGUUAAAGAUAAGCUGCAAACUAUUAAUGGAAUCAAGAACGUGGAGGUGGACUUGAGCAAUCAGGUUGUUAGGAUUCUUGGUUCAACACCGGUAAAAACUAUGACUGAAGCUUUGGAGCAGACUGGUAGAAAAGCUCGAUUAAUUGGACAAGGCGUGCCAGAAGACUUCUUAAUAUCUGCUGCUGUUUCCGAAUUCAAAGGUCCGGAAAUUUUUGGUGUUGUUCGCCUGGCUCAAGUAAAUAUGGAACUAGCUAGAAUUGAAGCAAACUUCAGCGGGCUGUCACCGGGGAAGCAUUCUUGGUCUAUCAACGAGUUUGGUGAUCUGACUAGAGGUGCAGCGAGCACCGGUAAAGUGUUCAAUCCAUUAAACGAGGAAAAAACUAAAGAGCCACUUGGUGACCUGGGAACACUAGAUGCUAAUGAAAAGGGAGAGGCCUUCUACACCGGGGUCAAAGAAAAGUUGAGGGUAGCUGAUCUUAUUGGACGAGCUAUUGUGGUAUAUGCAACUGAAGACAAAUCAGAACCUGGUAUAGCUGCUGCGGUGGUUGCUAGAAGUGCAGGAGUUGGCGAGAACUACAAGAAACUCUGUACAUGUGAUGGCACCACGAUAUGGGAGGCAAGUGACAGAGAUUUUGUUGCUAGCAAGUUCUGAAAAGUUUACAGAAAACAUUGUAAUUUAGUUGUCUUGUGGCUCUCCUACACCUCAAAUUUGGAGAAGUUUUUGUAUACCAUUUUGCACAUACGAUACUUGUUACAUAAAUUGAAGUUAUUUUCGUGGACAACGUUGUUUUAACUUUUAAGGAUAGUCUAUUUUAUUCCUUUCUUUCCUUUA